AUGUUUAGACAGUGCAGCAGGAAGUUGUUCUAGUAAGUCUUCAGUAAGAAUGCAGGUCUUGAUUUGUCUUCUCCUUACAGUGCUUCAUGUUACUGAAGGCUGUACUCUGGAAAACAGUGGAAGAACAGUGUAUGAGACAGCGUAUACAGGAGGGUCAGUACUACUGCCCUGCUACUGCACUGACCUACAGACCAAACCUGAGACAUUCACCUGGAAGAAAUUUAAUACAAGCACAUGGGAAGAAAUAUCCACUGAGAGUGGUCAGUACAGAGACAGAGUUCAGCUGGUUAAUGGUCACUCUCCAGGAAAUCUCUCUCUACUCAUAAAACACCUGACUGAAGAGGAUGGAGGGGUUUACAGGUGUGAUGUUAAAGACACUGGACACAUAUAUAUUGGCCUCACUGUAGAAGGGUGCACUCUGGAAAACAGUGGAAGAACAGUGUAUGAGACAGCGUAUACAGGAGGGUCAGUACUGCUGCCCUGCUACUGCACUGACCUACAGAUCAAACCUGAGACAUUCACCUGGAAGAAAUUUAAUACAAGCACAUGGGAAGUGAUAUCCAGUGAGAGUGGUCAGUACAGAAACAGAGAUCAGCUGGUUAAUGGUCACUCUCCAGGAAAUCUCUCUCUCCUCAUAUCACACCUGACUGAAGAGGAUGGAGGAGUUUACAGGUGUGAUGUUAAAGACACUGGACACCUACACAUUGGCCUCACUGUAGAAGGCUGCACUCUGGGAAACAGUGAAACUUACCAGAGGAUCACAGCUCAUACAGGAGGGUCAGUACUGCUGCCCUGCUACUGCCCUGACCUACACACCGCACCUGAGAAACUCACCUGGAAGAAACUCAACACAAGCACAUGGGAAGAGAUAUCCAGUGACAGUGGUCAGUACAGAAACAGAGUUCAGCUGUUUAAUGGUCACUCUCCAGGAAACCUGUCUCUACUCAUAGCACACCUGACUGAAGAGGAUGGAGGAGGUGUGAGCUUACAGGAAAUGAGUACAAAAAUAUCCAACUUUUUGUAGAAGGACAUACUGUUGUUGAGACUCCACCGUCUCUGCCCUUCGUCCCCUUUGCCUUGGUGACUGUGAUCUUUCUCCACAUUAUAGUGGCUGUGGUUUAUCACACCAAGAGGAACAAAGAGUCUGCUGGUACCAUGAUAUACCACAGCAAUGAUGGCACUGAUGGAGCAGUGAGUCUACAGCAAAGAGGAAAUCUGACAGACAUAAACAGACCAACUACUAACAACACGUCCAUUGGUCAGUUAUCGGUUGGCUGACGUUCAGAACAGAAUUUGAACAUGUAUCAAGGUGGUAUGCUGUAUUCCCAUAGACAUUUCUGAUUGCUCAUGGGGGGCAUGUCCCUAUGU